GUUGAUAGUGUUGAUACUCGUCAGUCGUCACUCGAGGUUAUUUUGUACUUGAGCGUUGAGCCUAUAAAUGAUUACUGCUCUACGCUCUUAAUAGUUUCAAAAUUUCAAACGAUUACGGAAAAUUGAAGUUUUUAUUAUUAUACCUAGUUUGAUUUUAGAAUAAUAUUAGUACGCCUCGUCGAUUCUUUAUAUAGACAGUCGAUCAUGCGUAAUCUCGGUGUUCUCAGUAGUUUGCUGACCAAUCGUUCGUUUUCUACGAACAAAUCAAAUGUAUUGGUGUACAAUUGUAAAACAAAGAUCAAAGAACCUUUGAAAUGUAACAAGCUUUUGAGAUGGUACGUAUGCGGACCUACAGUAUACGACUCCAUGCAUAUUGGGCAUGCAAGUUGUUACAUCAAGUUUGACAUUAUCAGAAGAAUUUUGGAGAAUUAUUUUCAAUUUUCUGUGUUUCAAGUAAUGAACAUAACGAAUGUGGACGAUAAAAUUAUUUCAAAAGCACGUGCCUUAAAUACGGAUCCACUUCUAUUAGCAAGGAAUAACGAAGUAGAAUUUAUUGAAGAUAUAAAUUUGUUAAACAUAAAACAACCAGAUAUUAUAGCAAGAGUUACUGAUUUCAUUCCUCAAAUUUUAAACAUUAUUCAAAACCUAUUUGAUAAAGAUUUAGUCUAUUCUACAGCUGAUGGUUCAUUGUUUUUCGAUACAACUAAGUAUAAAAAAUAUGGAAAAAUCGUUAAAGUACCUGAAGUUGUACCUCAUAUAUUUAAGAGAAGUAAUUUAGAUUUCGCCCUGUGGAAAGCAUCAAAACCAGGUGAACCUUCUUGGGAUUCGUCAUGGGGACCUGGAAGGCCAGGUUGGCACAUUGAAUGUUCUGCUAUUGCUAGUCAUUAUUUUGGAUCUAGUGUUGAUAUACAUUCUGGGGGAAUAGAUUUGCUAUUCCCACAUCACGAAAAUGAAGAAGCUCAAUGCUGUGCUUAUCAUAAUAUCGAUGAUUGGGUCAAAUAUUGGAUACAUACAGGACACUUACAUGUAGGAGAUAAUAUUAAAAUGUCAAAAUCAUUAAUGAACACCAUCAGUGUUAAAGAACUACUCAAAUCAUAUACUGCGAAUCAAUUUCGAACAUUAUGUUUAUUAUCAAACUACAAAAAUAAUUUGGAGUUUAAUGAAAGUACUAUGGACGUAGCUUGCGGAGUGUUAAAAAAAUUUGAUUGUUUCAUUGCUAAUUGCUAUGCUCAUUUAAAUAAUUACAAUAGUAACCAUACUCCUGAUAUUACAUUGUUUAAAAAAAUGAAUGAUAUUGAAAAUGAUAUAUUAAUCAAUCUUGCUGAUAAUUUUAAUACAUCAAAAGCUUUGAAUUUACUUAUUGAACUUAUUAACAUAUUUAAUAAAUUACUUACAGUGGACUUUCAUUUUAAUUGUUCAAAAUUGGAAGUAAUUCAGGCAUUAAAUUUAGUACUAAAAACAUUGGAUUCCUUUGGAAUUAAUCUAGCUAAUUCAAAGUUCAAGUCUGAUACUGAAAACGUUUCAAUUAUUAAUACCACAGUAAAUUUUAGAGCAAAACUUAGACAAUUAGCAUUACAAUCAAAGUCCGAUAAUAUUAAAAAAGAUAUCUUAAAACUUUGUGAUACUUUAAGAGAUGAGCUUGCUGUAGCCAAUAUCAUUGUACAAGACUCUAAUAAAUCAUCCAUAUGGAGGCAUCAAAAAGUAACGAAAAUACAAGUCAAAGAAAAUUAAAUUCAAGACUUAUUAAUUUACUGUUUACUAUAAGUAAUAAUUAAAUUGAUCUGUAGUUUAUUGCAUGUAAUCUACUUUUAUUUUUUAAUAUCAUAAAUUUGUUAGUAAAUCUGAUGUACAUUAAUACAAAAUAGUUAUUAAUGACAAUUUAAUUAAUAUAAGCAUUUGUAGAUUUACCAACAACUGCGUUUUGAAAAUGUUUGAUCUUUAUUUUAAAUCUUACAUUAAUAAACACCACUCUGCCCUA